UUUCAUACAUUCUGUCGUUUCUCUUUCGAGAGGAAAUUCGAGGCGUCUGUCGAAACGUGUUUCAUUUAUCCAAAAAUUCUUCUUCUCCGUUUACUUCCAAGUCUGCAGCCAUCGCCAGACACUUGAUUCCACAUCAAUUUUGUUUUGUUUGAUUUUAGAUUCUUUAUUCAAAUUCCCUUCCAUUUCAAUCCAAGUUUCGAACCAGAUAUUUUCCCGGUUUACUCUGAAAUCUUCCACCUUUAAUCUCCAAGUUACUGUGUUGAAUUUCAAGUUCGAACGUGGGGCUUUGCUUCCAUAGCUUCGAAGUUUUAUGUAGGGGGAAUCGAAUUUCCCUCAUAAAGUAUGGACAGGAGCGGAUACUUUAAUCACCGUACUGCAUCAAAUGAUUUCCAGUAUUCUUGGAACAGGGAUGCCGGAAUUGGCGCCAACGAUCGGAGGCUGGCUUUCUCGCGUCAAGCUUCGUUGAAGCAAUGGCAGGAGCCGCCCCAUACGCCGAUUCCUAUCAACUCCGACGAUUCGGCUAAACCUUUGCUUUCGCGGAAUAUGUCGAGCAUAAAUAUGCCAACUGGGGGUUAUUUUGCUUCCGAGAGUAAUAAAUUGUUUCGUGUGAAGGACAAUUCAGGCGAUAAAUUAUCGGUUUUAUCCCUCGCCUUUUCAAUUUUGGAGAAUGUGAGAUCUGGGAAUCGGUAUAUGAAGAGGUUAUUUCUGAUGAUAUCGCUUAAUGUUCUGUAUUCGACCGCGGAGUUAGCUAUAGGUCUUCUAACCGGCCGUAUUGGUUUGGUUUCUGAUGCAUUUCAUUUGACCUUUGGCUGUGGUCUUUUAACAUUUUCAUUAUUUGCCAUUGCGGCCUCUCGGAGUAAGCCCGAUCAUGUUUACACCUACGGGUACAAAAGAUUAGAGGUUUUGUCUGCAUUUACUAAUGCUCUAUUUCUUCUGUUUCUGUCUUUCUCGUUAGCUGUGGAAGCACUCCAUGCAUUUAUACAAGAUGAAUCUGAACACAAGCACUACUUAAUUGUCUCAGCCGUAACAAAUUUAAUGGUUAAUCUUAUUGGUGUUUGGUUCUUCAGGAGCUAUGCUCGUAUUAAUCUUGUAUACAGAAAAGCUGAAGAUAUGAAUUACCAUUCAAUUUACUUGCAUGUUCUUGCAGAUUCUAUCCGCAGUGCAGGUCUGAUAUUGGCGUCCUGGUUUUUAUCUCUCGGGGUUCAAAAUGCGGAAGUUUUGUGUUUAGGACUAGUUUCAGUUACAGUCUUUAUGAUAGUCAUGCCUCUCUUCAGAGCAACCAGUGGCGUUUUACUUCAAAUGGCACCACCUAGCAUUCCAACUUCGGCGUUGAGCAAAUGUUGGAGACAGCUUUCAUCACGUGAAGAGGUAUUAGAAGUCACUCAAGCGCGUUUUUGGGAAUUGGUACCUGGUCAAGUUGUUGGCUCACUCUCUCUAACGACAAAGAAAGGGACGGAUAAUCGCCAAACACUUGAAUUUGUGCAUGAUAUGUAUCAUGAAUUGGGCAUACAGGACUUGACAGUGCAAACUGAAGAUGCUUGAGUUGCUGCUGCUCCAUUUUUCUCCUCACUCCUAUUGGUGAAUGGUGAUGAUAUCUUUAGCUUAUACACACUACCUCAAUUUUUCGAACAUCCACAGCAGGUUUAUGAUAUAUAUAAGUCAUCUCCAUUCUCCAACAUGUUCCUCUGUGUUGAUGGUAGUUGAUAAAUGACUUAAUUUUUCUCUUCUUCCGCU